CAUCGUAAAAUGACAAUCACAGACGGUCUGCAUUACAUAGCGGUGGGCAAUCCAUUGAGUAAAGCUGUUAUUGGCACAACUUCAUCAUUAUUUAAGGCUAAUUCCAACACAUUAAAUUCUACCAGCCAAACAAUGUCGAAAAAUUUGGUAAAAGCUUUGCCAUCGUUAUGGGAACUUUCAGGUCGCAAUCAUAAUUUUGUUCGUUUGGCUGGCUUAAGUGGUGCGGCUGCUGUUAUCCUAGGUGCUGUCGGUAGCCAUCAUAGCAAAUUUAAAGAUAAUGCUGAGAUGCGAGCAAUAUUCGAUACAGCAAAUCGUUUCCAUUUCUUUCAUUCCUUAGCAUUGUUGGGUGUGCCACUGGCCAAGUUUCCAUUGGUGACUGGUUCGUUGAUGCUAUUAGGUACAGCACUUUUCAGUGGCUGUCUUUAUUACCGAGCAUUUACUGGCAAUAAGCCUCCAUUUGCUCGCAUGGCACCCAUGGGUGGUACCUGUCUUAUUGUUGCCUGGCUAUCUUUUCUGCUGUAG